UGGACGAGUAAGUCGUGAAUUAAAUUAUACUCGCCAGAAGAUUGGAGAAGAGGCUAUGUUUAAUCCUCAGCUCAUGAUACAGACCCCGAAAGAAGAAGGUGCUAAUGUCCUGACCACAGAAGCGCUCCUCCAACACCUGGACUCGGCGCUCCAGGCCAGCCGAGUCCACGUGUACAUGUACAACAGGCAGUGGAAAUUGGAACAUUUAUGUUACAAAUCAGGAGAGCUCAUCACAGAAACAGGUUACAUGGAUCAGAUAAUAGAAUAUCUUUACCCUUGCUUAAUUAUUACACCUUUGGACUGCUUCUGGGAAGGGGCAAAGUUACAGUCUGGGACAGCCUACCUCCUAGGUAAACCUCCUUUGCGGUGGACAAACUUUGACCCUUUGGAAUUCCUAGAAGAGUUAAAGAAAAUAAACUAUCAAGUGGACAGCUGGGAGGAAAUGCUGAAUAAGGCUGAAGUUGGUCAUGGUUACAUGGACCGUCCCUGCCUCAAUCCGGCCGAUCCAGACUGCCCAGCCACAGCCCCCAACAAAAAUUCAACCAAACCUCUUGAUGUGGCCCUCGUGUUGAAUGGUGGCUGUCAUGGGCUAUCCAGAAAGUACAUGCACUGGCAGGAGGAGUUGGUGGUGGGUGGCACCGUCAAGAACAGCACUGGAAAACUUGUCAGUGCCCACGCCUUGCAGACCAUGUUCCAGUUGAUGACUCCCAAGCAGAUGUACGAGCACUUCAAGGGCUACGAGUACGUCUCUCAUAUCAACUGGAACGAGGACAAGGCUGCGGCCAUCCUGGAGGCCUGGCAGAGGACCUACGUGGAGGUGGUCCAUCAGAGCGUCGCACAGAACUCCUCUCAGAAGGUGCUGUCCUUCACCACCACGACCCUAGAUGACAUCCUAAAAUCCUUCUCUGAUGUCAGCGUCAUCCGAGUGGCCAGCGGCUACCUACUGAUGCUUGCCUAUGCCUGUUUAACCAUGCUGCGCUGGGACUGUUCCAAGUCCCAGGGUGCCGUGGGGCUGGCUGGCGUCCUGUUGGUUGCACUGUCAGUGGCUGCAGGAUUGGGCCUGUGCUCAUUGAUCGGGAUUUCCUUUAACGCUGCAACAACUCAGGUUUUGCCAUUUCUUGCUCUUGGAGUUGGCGUGGAUGACGUUUUCCUUCUGGCACAUGCAUUUAGUGAAACCGGACAGAAUAAAAGAAUCCCUUUUGAGGACAGGACUGGAGAAUGCCUCAAGCGCACGGGAGCCAGCGUCGCCCUCACUUCCAUCAGCAACGUCACAGCCUUCUUCAUGGCCGCCUUGAUCCCGAUUCCUGCUCUGCGGGCAUUCUCUCUCCAGGCGGCGAUAGUAGUGGUGUUCAACUUUGCCAUGGUUCUGCUCAUUUUUCCUGCGAUUCUCAGCAUGGAUUUAUAUCGACGUGAGGACAGAAGACUGGAUAUUUUCUGCUGUUUUACAAGCCCCUGUGUUAGCAGAGUGAUUCAGGUUGAACCUCAGGCCUACACGGAGACGCACGACAACACCCGCUGCAGCCCCCCACCCCCCUACAGCAGCCACAGCUUCGCCCACGAGACACAGAUCACCAUGCAGUCCACCGUCCAGCUCCGCAUGGAGUACGACCCGCACACACACGUGUACUACACCACUGCCCAGCCGUGCUCCGAGAUCUCCGUGCAGCCUGUGACCGUGACCCAGGACAGCCUCAGCUGCCAGAGCCCCGAGAGCACCAGCUCCACGAGGGACCUGCUCUCCCAGUUUUCCGACUCCAGCCUCCACUGCCUGGAGCCCCCCUGCACGAAGUGGACCCUCUCAUCUUUUGCCGAGAAGCACUACGCUCCUUUCCUCUUGAAACCAAAAGCCAAGGUCGUGGUGAUCUUCCUUUUCCUGGGCUUGCUGGGGGUCAGCCUUUAUGGGACCACCCGGGUGCGAGACGGGCUGGACCUCACAGACAUUGUGCCUCGGGAAACCAGAGAAUAUGACUUUAUCGCUGCACAGUUCAAGUACUUUUCUUUCUACAACAUGUACAUAGUCACCCAGAAAGCAGACUACCCUAACGUCCAGCACUUACUCUACGACCUGCACAGGAGCUUCGGUAACGUGAAGUAUGUCAUGUUGGAAGAAAACCAGCAGCUUCCCAAGAUGUGGCUCCACUACUUCAGAGACUGGCUCCAAGGGCUUCAGGACGCAUUUGACAGUGACUGGGAAACUGGGAGAAUCAUGCCAAACAAUUACAAGAACGGAUCAGACGAUGGGGUCCUUGCCUACAAGCUCCUGGUGCAGACCGGCAGCCGCGAUAAGCCCAUCGACAUCAGUCAGCUGACUGAGCAGCGUCUGGUGGAUGCAGAGGGCAUCAUCAAUCCCAGCGCGUUCUACAUCUACCUGACGGCCUGGGUCAGCAAUGACCCCGUCGCCUAUGCUGCCUCCCAGGCCAACAUCCGGCCCCACCGCCCCGAGUGGGUCCACGACAAAGCAGACUACAUGCCGGAGACGCGGCUGAAAAUCCCUGCAGCCGAGCCCAUCGAGUAUGCCCAGUUCCCGUUCUACCUCAAUGGCCUGCGAGACACUGCAGACUUUGUGGAAGCAAUCGAGAAGGUCAGAGCCAUCUGCAACAACUACACAGGCCUGGGGCUGGCCAGCUACCCCAACGGCUACCCCUUCCUCUUCUGGGAGCAGUACAUCGGGCUGCGCCACUGGCUGCUGCUGUCCGUCAGCGUGGUGUUGGCCUGCACCUUCCUUGUGUGCGCCGUCUUCCUCCUGAACCCCUGGACGGCCGGGAUCAUUGUGAUGGUCCUGGCUCUGAUGACGGUCGAGCUCUUUGGCAUGAUGGGCCUCAUUGGAAUCAAGCUGAGUGCUGUGCCUGUGGUCAUCUUGAUCGCUUCGGUCGGCAUAGGAGUGGAAUUCACCGUGCAUGUCGCUUUGGCCUUUCUCACAGCCAUGGGUGACAAGAACCGCAGGGCCGUGCUCGCCCUGGAGCACAUGUUCGCGCCCGUUCUGGACGGUGCCGUGUCCACUCUGCUGGGAGUACUGAUGCUGGCAGGGUCUGAGUUUGAUUUCAUUGUCAGGUAUUUCUUUGCUGUCCUGGCGAUUCUAACAAUCCUGGGUGUUCUCAAUGGCCUGGUUUUGCUUCCAGUCCUCCUGUCUUUCUUUGGACCAUACCCUGAGGUAACUCCAGCCGAUGGCCUGAGCCGACUGCCCAGCCCUGCCCCUGAGCUGCCCGCCAGCAUCGUGCGGUUUGCCGUGCCCCCCGGUCGUAUGAGCCACGGGUCUGACUCCUCUGACUCAGAGUACAGUUCUCAGACGACAGUGUCAGGCAUCAGCGAAGAGCUUCGGCACUAUGAGGCCCGGCAGAGCGCAGGAGGCCCUGCCCACCACGUGGUCGUAGAGGCCACAGAAAACCCUGUCUUCGCCCGCUCCACGGUAAUCCAUCCCGAGGGAAGGCAUCAUGCACCCUUGAACCCUCGACAGCAGCUCCACCUGGACUCAGGGGCCCUGCCCCCCAGACGGCAAGGCCAGCAGCCCCACAGGGACCCCCCCGGAGAAGGCUUGCGGCCGCCCCCCUACAGACCGCGCAGAGACGCUUUUGAAAUGUCUACUGACGGGCAUUCCGGCCCUAGCAGCAGGGACCGCUCAGGCCCCCGUGGGGCCCGCUCUCACCACCCUCGGAACCCGGCAUCCACUGCCUUGAGCAGCGCCAUGCCCAGCUACUGCCAGCCCAUCACCACUGUGACGGCUUCUGCGUCCGUGACUGUCGCCGUGCACCCCUCAGCCGCCCCCGGGCCUGGGCGGCCACCCCGAGGGGGGCUCUGCCCUGGCUACGAAGACUACCCUGAGACUGACCACGGGCUGUUCGAGGACCCCCACGUGCCUUUUCACGUCCAGUGCGAGAGGAGGGACUCAAAGUUGGAAGUCAUCGAGCUGCAGGACGUGGAAUGUGAGGAGAGGCCCCGGAGAGGCAGCUGCGACUGAGGGUGAUUAAAAUCUGAAGCAAAGAGGCCAAAGAUUGGAAACCCCCCACCCCGACCUCUUUCCAGAACUGCUUGAAGAGAAGCGCUUGGGCGUUAUGGAAAAGAUGCGCUGUGUCCUGGCAGUGGUUGUCACUGUAGCCGACUGUAUUAUGUUGUGAAAUGUUCCUAUAGAUAUUUAAGAGGUGUACACAUAUGUAACAUACGAAGGACCUAUGUAAGGUAGCAUGGUCUGGGGUUUCUCCACUCCUGCCCCAGAGCGGGGCGGCCACGGCGACACCCUCCCUGAUUGUACAUUGGUCUCUGUGCCACAACCAAGCUUAACCUAGUCUUAAAUUUCAGCAUAUGUUACUGCUGCUUAAAUUUUGUAAAAUUUACCUGUAUAAUUCUAUGCAAAUAUUGCUUAUGUAAUAGGAUUAUUUUGUAAAGGUUUCUGUUUAAGAUAUUUUAAAUUUGCAUAUCACAACCCUGUGGUAGUAUGACAUGUUCCUGUUAACUUUCAAACACGCUAUGCGUGAGAAUUUUUUUAAGAGCAGAUAUGAAGAAAGCACGUUAAUCCCGGUGGCUUCUCUAGGCGUCAAUUGUAUGCAGUUCUCUCUUUGGCUGUGUGUGUGUGAACACAUGUGUGAUUCCCCAGUGUUCUGUACUGUGAUUUUUUUCGUCUUGUUUGUUUUAUUUCUUUUCACUGUCUGCAAGUCUCUGAUAUAGUCAGGCUGGAAGAGUCGGGAUAUCUUUGUUGCUUUUUUUGCUGGUGGAGGACUAGACCUAAACAUCCUCCUCCUCUCAAAACGGCCCAGGAAAAGCAGACUUGCUUCAAGUCCAUGGCAUCCAGAUAGCCCAACUUGUGCUUCAGAGGAAGUUAAGUUCCUUCACGUGGAUCGUUGUGACGGACGUUGGAACCUCGGGGUACAGAGCUCACACGUGCCCGACUUCACUGGUGUUAAAGUCGCAGGUGGCGUGCCUCCUGGGAGCCUCAGUGGGGCCUUGAGAGGAUACCCUGAAAAAGUAAGCAGCAUUGAUCCCCUCUCAUGACCAACCACACAUAUAGUCACCCCCAAAAUUUAAGAGAAGAUUGCAGAUCUUUUGGAGACCGUAGCCCUGCUACAGGUAGAAAAACCAGUUUUGUUAAUUCUGGGCCCACAAUAAACCCAGAAGUGAUGUUUCAAGUCCCCACAGUUUAAACUCCCUCUCUUCCUAGAUUGAACAGCCUAGUUGGUGCUUUCUGGAUCAGUUUGCAUCAUCUUUAAAAAUAAGUAGCAUCCAACAUGGUGACGCAGAGUCAGAAGUUCUGUAGGAUAUGAGCUUCAGAAGGGUUCUCAACAUGUUCCUGUUGCGGGGGGCGCACGCUUCCUAAGUAAAUCCUUUCCUCACCGUUAUUAGCGUUCUUCCAAUGUGACAUUUAUUGACGAGCAGGAAGAUGCUAACUGCAUACACCCCACGGAAGAAAGUGCGUGGCGGCAGAUCUCUCAACCAGGCCCUGUUUUAGAGGUUUGCAGGGGUAUCGAUUCUGUUCUCUUGAUCUGAGGUUUGGACUCCCUCACCUCUUAGCCGGAGACCAGCAAGUGUCAGGGAAGCGCUCGUGUCCAGCUGCCCUUCCAGAUCAACACCAGCGACUAGUUUAUAGACGAGAAGUCACAGGAGGGGCCGAGUCCCCACAUGGCCGAUGCCUCCGCUACUGAGAGCACAAGCAGCGGCUCGUGUCGUCUCCUCCUGUCUCGCAUCCAAAGUCUUAGCAGAAAGGCAGUGGGCCCCCUGUAGUGCCAGCAGCAUAGUGACCUCAGACCUAACGCUUACCGCAGAACUUGUAAGGUGCUGAUUGGGGCCCACCUGUGGCUGCCAAGGGCCACACCACCACUGUUGUCUCGGUGCCUUUGUCAGCCAGUCCGUCUGCCUACCUAACACCCAGCUCUGCUCAGAAAACAUAAGUCCUGCGUUGAGGAGAAAGACGGUGCAAAAUCCUGCAGGUGGUUCCCUCCGGCUCUUGGUGCCUCGCGCCUUUCCUGAGCCCAGCUUGUGUGGGACCCGAGAGCCCGUGGGGCCCCAGUUUCUGCACAGCACUGAACUUUCUCCAAUAGUCACAUUGGCAAAGGGAGAACUUGGGGGCUGGCAGUCAAUUAGAAUUUUUCUCUUUUUUAAAAUAGUUUUAUUUUGUCUGUCUUGUUUGUUCAUUUGGAUGUUUUAAUUUUUUUUAAAAUCUUUGCUGAUAUUUAUAAUUUUGUAUCAUAAGAAUGUUUUCCUACAGUAUUUGUCAUGCCAGUUUAUAACAAAAAAAUUGCAGGGAUUUUAUUUCUAUUGGAAACACUAUUACAGCUGUUUUACUUUUGAACAGAAUUUUAUUUGUAUAGAGUGCUUACUAAUGUUAAAUAGUUCAGAGUAUAUAACAUUUACAUUAAGGACUCAUGGUAGCUUUUAGUGUAAGGAGUUUAAAGGAAAUAAAUAUUCAAACUGGGUCUCAUUGUCUGCCAAUUUUGGUGGAGAUGAGUUUGUGUCAUUUCAAUUACAAAGAUAAAAGUAUGCCAUAUAAUUUAUUUAUAUGAAAAUUUAUUUUUGUAGUGUACAUAGUAGUCAUCAAGUCUUUCGACAGAAGUAUAUUUUUAAAGAAUUUAUAUGUGAUGGAUCCAUGAUGUCUGGAACUUUGCUAAGACAUGAGUGGGGCACUCUUUUCAUUGUAAAUUACAGCAAGAAAAAGAACAUGUUUAACAGUGUUAAGAGGGUGAGAGCAGCGGGGUGUUCAUGCGGUUGUGAGACGUGUACUGUUACCAUUGGUGACCUAGUGUGGUCCGCAUUUUAAACCCUGGAAGGUAAAAAUGUACAAACUCUCUAAAUAUUAAUGUUCAAACACUGAUAGAAAUUCUAACAUGAAUAAAAAAUAAUAUAACUUGUUGGUUA